AGACAGAAGAUCAAGAAUCAAGAUGGCAGGUUCUGGUUCCCCUUGUGGUGCCUGCAAGUUCUUGAGAAGAAAAUGUGUUAGAGGCUGUGUUUUUGCACCUUAUUUCUGUCAUGAACAAGGUGCAACCCAUUUUGCAGCCAUUCACAAGGUUUUUGGUGCAAGCAAUGUCUCAAAGCUGCUAUCUCAUCUCCCUGUCAGUGACCGCUGUGAAGCUGCGGUCACAAUCUCAUAUGAAGCUCAAGCUAGGCUUCAGGACCCCAUUUAUGGCUGUGUUUCACAUAUCUUUGCUCUUCAACAGCAGGUUGUCAAUCUACAGGCACAACUUGCUUCUCUCAAAGAACAAGCAGCCCAGAGCACUUUUAAUGGCUCUGUUACUACAAACCCUAAUUACAAAUACUAUGGCAAGCUUCCUUCUCAGCUCCAGGAUGUUCAAAGUUGGUUUCACCCAGAUAAUUCAAGCAUAGCACCAGAUUUUAAUCCCAGCGCAAGUUCAUAUUGUGAAAAUGGGUUUUUGGAUCCAACUUCUUUGGGGAAUUAUGAAAAUUCAGUCAUCUCUUCAGGAGAAGAUCAUGUCUCAUUUACAACUUCUGGGCAGGCUCCUCAUUCUAUGUCUUGUUUUGACAUGCAAACAAACAACAGACAGUGGACUUUACAGGAUGUUGAUGACCUUCAAUCAAUGGCCUUCGGCUAUGCUCAACAUUCAUGAUGAAGGGGAUCCAUGAUCUUCAGCACAAGAGAUUUAUAAAACCGGUGAAGAAACGAUCGACCUUCCAGUUUUGAAUUGAAUGCUGCAUAUUUUGAAACAUAUAUAUGCACUUUUGUUGCUAUAAAUAAAAGCUAGGAACCCUAGAAAAAUUAAUUUUUAUACAAUCACAAACCCUAAAUUCUACAAUUUUUUACUAAAUAAAUUACAGUUACCUAGUCCCUUUUUCUACACACUUUCCCCUUUAUAAACCUUGAUAUUAGUUGGUUCAAAAUAAUUUUAUCAAAUGCUCUAAUUAAAGGACAGAAUUGAUUCAAGAUUAAAGCAUUUGAUCCAAGUAAUUCACUAUCCUACUCAGUAUGAUUCAGCUAAAGUUCAAUUAUUUACUCUGUUUAUUUGCUAGAAAAUGACUGAGGUGCAGAUAUAUAUAGGUAGUUCUUUUGUUGAAGCUAAAC